AUGAUCUCCAAUUCUUCCACUGAAGAUGGUAUUAAAAGAAUCCAAGAUGACUGUCCCAAAGCUGGACGACACAAUUACAUAUUUGUCAUGAUCCCUACUUUAUACAGCAUCAUCUUUGUGGUAGGAAUAUUUGGAAACAGCUUGGUGGUAAUUGUUAUUUACUUUUACAUGAAAGUGAAGACUGUGGCCAGUGUUUUUCUUUUGAAUUUAGCACUAGCUGACUUAUGCUUUUUACUGACUUUGCCACUGUGGGCUGUCUACACUGCUAUGGAAUACCGUUGGCCCUUUGGCAAUUACCUAUGCAAGAUCGCUUCAGCCAGUAUCAGUUUCAACCUCUAUGCCAGUGUGUUUCUACUCACAUGUCUAAGCAUUGAUCGCUACCUGGCUAUUGUUCAUCCAAUGAAGUCCCGCCUUCGGCGCACAAUGCUUGUGGCCAAAGUCACCUGCAUCACUAUUUGGCUGCUGGCUGCCUUGACCAGUUUGCCAACUAUAAUCCACCGAAAUGCAUAUUUCAUUGAAAACACCAAUAUCACAGUGUGUGCUUUCCAUUAUGAAUUCAAAAACUCAACCCUCCCCAUAGGGCUAGGCCUAACCAAGAAUAUACUGGGUUUCUUAUUUCCUUUUAUGAUCAUUCUUACAAGUUAUACUCUUAUUUGGAAGACCCUAAAGAAGGCGUAUGAAAUUCAGAAGAACAAGCCAAGAAAUGAUGAUAUUUUUAAGAUAAUUAUGGCAAUUGUGCUUUCCUUUUUCUUCUCGUGGGUUCCCCAUCAAAUAUUCACUUUCUUGGAUGUUCUGAUUCAACUGGGCAUCAUACAUGACUGUAAAAUCAUAGAUAUUGUUGACACUGCCAUGCCCAUCACUAUUUGCAUAGCUUAUUUUAACAAUUGCCUUAAUCCUCUCUUCUAUGGCUUUCUUGGCGAAAAAUUUAAAAAAUAUUUUCUCCAGCUUCUGAAAUACAUGCCCCCAAAGGCCAAGUCCCACUCAAGUCUAUCCACAAAAAUGAGCAUGCUUUCCUACCGCCCCUCAGAUAAUGGAAACUCCUCCACCAAAAAGUCUGCCCCAUGUACUGAGGUUGAGUAA